UCGUGGGCGGGGCUCCGCUCUGCCCAGCGCCAGCCGCCGCCGCCGCCGCCGCUGACGCCUGCGCCCGCCGCGCGGACUGAGGGAGACCGAGGGAGCCUGGGGGUCGCAGCCGCCUGCCGGGCCUGCGGUGGGCCAGGAUGUCGGGCUUCCUGGAGGAGCUGCUGGGCGAGAAGCUGGUGACUGGCGGCGGCGAGGAGGUGGACGUGCACUCGCUGGGCGCCCGCGGCAUCGCGCUGCUCGGGCUCUACUUCGGCUGCAGCCUGAGCGCCCCCUGCGCGCAGCUCAGCGCCAGCCUGGCCGCCUUCUACGGGCGCCUGCGGGGGGACGCGGCGGCCGGGCAGGGGCCGGGGCCGGGGGCGGGGGCCGGGGCGGCGGCGGAGCCCGAGCCGCGGCGGCGCCUGGAGAUCGUCUUCGUGUCCUCGGACCAGGACCAGCGGCAGUGGCAGGACUUCGUGCGGGACAUGCCGUGGCUGGCGCUGCCCUACAAGGAGAAGCACCGGAAGCUCAAACUCUGGAACAAAUACCGAAUUUCCAACAUUCCAUCGCUAAUAUUCCUAGAUGCCACCACCGGGAAGGUCGUGUGCAGGAACGGGCUGUUGGUGAUCCGGGACGACCCGGAAGGUCUGGAGUUCCCCUGGGGCCCUAAACCGUUCAGGGAGGUCAUUGCUGGGCCCUUGCUGAGAAGUAGCGGGCAGUCCCUGGAGAGCAGCAGCCUGGAGGGCUCCCACGUGGGCGUCUACUUCUCUGCACACUGGUGUCCGCCCUGCCGAAGCCUCACCCGGGUGCUCGUGGAAUCCUACCGGAAGAUCAAGGAGGCCGGCCAGAACUUCGAGAUCAUCUUCGUUAGUGCAGACAGGUCGGAGGAGUCCUUCAAACAGUACUUCAGUGAGAUGCCCUGGCUGGCCGUCCCCUACACCGACGAGGCCCGGCGGUCGCGCCUUAACCGGCUCUAUGGAAUCCAAGGCAUCCCCACGCUCAUCGUGCUGGAUCCACAGGGCGAGGUGAUCACGCGGCAGGGGCGGGUGGAGGUGCUGAACGACGAGGACUGCCGCGAGUUCCCCUGGCACCCCAAGCCCGUGCUGGAGCUCUCCGACUCCAACGCUGCCCAGCUCAACGAGGGUCCCUGCCUCGUCCUCUUUGUAGAUUCUGAGGAUGACGGAGAGUCCGAGGCAGCCAAGCAGCUGAUUCAGCCAAUAGCGGAGAAAAUCAUUGCCAAGUACAAAGCCAAAGAGGAGGAGGCGCCGCUUCUGUUCUUUGUAGCCGGGGAGGACGACAUGACUGACUCCCUGCGAGACUACACUAACCUGCCCGAGGCUGCCCCUUUGCUCACCAUCCUGGACAUGUCGGCCCGGGCCAAGUACGUGAUGGAUGUGGAGGAGAUCACCCCCGCCAUCGUGGAGGCCUUUGUGAAUGACUUCCUAGCAGAGAAGCUCAAGCCUGAGCCCAUCUAGUGUGGCUGCGGCCUCCCGAGACAUUAUUUAAAACUCCGCCUUCUCCUCCUCCUCCCCUCCUUCCCUCCGCCCUUGGACCUACCCAGCGUGUCCCAAAUCACACAACCCAAGUGUCCAACCUCUCUGUGGUGCCUUGUCUCUGCGUUAAACUCCUCAGUAGCACCCUGGGGUGCAGAAUCCAGCAGCAGCAGAAUCUGCCAUGUUAGGAGGCUUCCGUGUUUGGGAGCAUGGGAUGGCCCAGCCCGACCAGAGCAGGGAUGGCAUCACUCUCGCAAAGUCACUAGUGUUUGGUGAAGGCUCUGCCGGGGUCUUCUGGAGCAGAGUGAGCAUGGAGGGCCAGUGGCCCGGGGCUCGGGAGCUGACUGUGGCACCGGCACGCACACGCAGCCCCGGACAGCCAGAGGGGAACCGCCAGGUGACACCUGUGUGAGGGGAGCCAAGAAAGGGCCUGGGUCUUGGUGGCCUCAGCUUAGAGCUCAGGUGAGAACAUCCUUUUCUGAGUGACACAGUCUUUCCAGGUCUGUGGGAAAGCAGCAGCCCAUCCACGUGUUCCUGGGCAGGGCAUCUCCAAAUGCGGA